ACCGACUCGUGAAAGCUUUCUCUUAAAUCGGAAGGAAGAUAAAGAGGAGGAGAACCGAUGCUCCACGGCACAUCUGCUUCGCCUCUUCCUUCCUCUCGUUUCUUUACCUCUUCGUUUUCGCCUUUAAUACCUCCCUCGUCUCUGCGGGAAAUUUUUUAAUCUCGUUCCUUACGCCUUGUGGCUUAUGACAGGAAUUAUCUAAUGCAAUUGAGUUUUGAAUUCGGCCAAGGAAAGUUCAACGAAUAGAUUAUAUAUCUCGUGAACAGGUGAGUGGAAAAUAUGGAGCACGAAGAGACAGGCUGCCAAGCUCCCGAGAGUCCUAUUCUUUGCAUCAAUAACUGUGGCUUCUUUGGAAGUGCAGCCACCAUGAAUAUGUGUUCCAAGUGCCACAAGGACUGGGUUUGGAAGCAGGAACAGGAUAAACUUGCAGCUUCAUCGAUCGGGAGUAUCGUGAAUGGGAGCACUAGCAACAAUGGGAAGGACCUCAUAGUUGCUGGUAAUGUUGAUGUGCCUGUUGCUUCAGUAGAGCCUAAGAUAAUUUUGACACAGUCAUCAAGCGCUUCAGUCUCAAGUGAGGGUGAGGUGAAGGCGAAAGAGGGUCCAAACAGAUGCAGCACCUGCAAGAAGCGUGUGGGCUUAACAGGAUUCAAUUGUCGCUGUGGAAACCUUUUCUGUGCCAGCCAUCGCUACUCUGACAAACACAACUGCCCCUUCGAUUACCGAACUGCUGCUCGGAAUGCUAUAGCUAAAGCCAACCCAGUCGUCAAGGCAGAAAAGCUCGACAAGAUCUAGGAGCCGUGGAGUGAAGAUUCUUGUGUUGCAAUAUGUUGCUUCCCUCUUUAUCCAUGCAUCUUCUUUAUGUUGCCUGCUAUGCUUUGUAGGUGUCCAUUAUUGGAAUUAAUGAUUGGAGGCAUCAUAGUUGUAGGGCAUCUUUGCAGGCAGAACUCUAUAUUCGUUGUUGAUUGGGCGUGGAUUUCUUUGUUAGCUCCAGUGUGUAAGUCUUCAUUUGUGCUGGUUUGAUGGACAUCAUUGUGGCUUAUGAUUUGGUUAGCAUUGUAAUUUAUGGUCAUGGUUCACCUGGCACUUCACUUUGGUGCUAAUUCCAUAAUGAUACAUACAAGACUGCAAGGAUAUUAAUAUUA